AUGAAGAGUCGACAGCGGAGGGCGGCGCAGGAGCGAGCCAAAUCCCGGGAGGAGGGUUGGGACAGCACCAGGGAUAACACGAGGAUCAAGGAGUACAACGCCCUGUUCGACCCAAACAUGCGCCAUUUUUUCGAAACCCCUUCGGUGCAGGCGCAUCUCCUGAGGACCGGACAGAUAGAUCGAAACGGACGUGUGAUCGACUUCCAGAAGCAGAAGGGCAAGCUGCACAUCAUCGAGCAGGAGUUCAAGCAGGCGGAGCGGAUAGAGUACUGGCGGCAGAAGGAGGAGCGAGACAUGCGAGAGCGCGUGCAGAAGAAGCGCGCCUUGGCUCUGGAGAGGGCGCGCAAGGAGGAGAUGGUGCUUCGCCUACACGAGGACAGGAAGAUUCGACAAGAGAUUGUAAGACUUGGUCUGGCUGCUCAGGGCGGGGGUUCGCUGAGACCCGAAGCGGGCGGUUCCAGGGGCGGCAGCCGGGCGAGGAGACAACCUCGGAGUCAGGACGGCUCCGCGGCGGCGGGAACGGCGCGUGGAACCUUCCCGGAACGAGGCCAAGAACAAGGGCAAGGACAAGAAGGAGGCGUUCUCCCUCGGGGGUAUGCGGCGGCCGCGGAGGAGGAGGGGCAAGGCCGCGGUCGCCGGCCCUCCGGAACGUUCGUCACCGAAGGGAGCGCAAGACCGUGA